AACGUUCCCUACUGUUUCAUAUACAAGUACAAUCAACGCGGGGAUUUAAUGACAACGGGAUUUUUUCAUUCCACGUUGUACAAACUUCACAAUUGGGUUCAGCUGAUGAUCUUUGGCCUUCUACCAGCCAUAUUCUUGCUCAUCGCCAACAGUAUUAUGUGCAUCAACAUGAUAAGACUGCUCAACCAAAGAAAAGAAUUGUUGAAACGAUGCAAAGCCAAAGAAUGCAACCAAUUGAGGGAUCAAACAAGAUUGACCGUGAUGCUAGUAGGCGUCGCAUUCGUUUUCGUUAUCGGCGAGGUUCCAACACAUUUGGCGUCACGACGUAGCGCAGUUUCUCUUUUAUACGAUGGCGACCUAACCAUCGUCCAUGAGAUUUUUCUCGAAAGAUUUCGUAUAUACGCGACCCUCCUUAACGCGAUCUCCAGCUCAUUCAAUUUCGUGCUCUACUCCCUAUUGAGUCCACACUUCCUCUCUCAUUUGAAACAGACCCUCUGUAGAAAAUCCGUGCCACAGGAAAGUAAUCAAAUUAAUGUAAAAACGAUCGUUUCACAAAAUCGAAUAACGAAUGGAUCGUGCUGCGAUUUGUUCUAAUUUUUUAUUCAAUUAUAUCAUAUGUGCAUACAUAAGUACACGUAAUUUUUCGGUACAAUCAUUUCACGAA